GAGUCCAUGCUUGUUGAAAAACUUGCAGUUGCAAGAGUGUCAAGAUACUUAAAUUUCUUUCGACCUUUAUUUCGAUCACAGUUCAGUUUGUUCGAAAAAUGUGCGACGACGAUGAUUGGGAUACGCCGACGAGUUCAGCCCCUGCGUUUUCUGAGCAGAGGGGUGGCGUGAUCUCCGAAGGGGGUUGCAAGUUCUCUUCAGGUCGUGGCUUUGUUCCAGCUGAGCGAAACGACGGCCCCUCGUUCGAUUCAUGGGGGGACAGCAGUAACGAUAACGGCUACACAAACGGGCGAAAGCGAGAUGAUGGUGGUAACGAGUGGGGUGAUUCCGGGGGUGGCGGUGGAUUUUCUUGGGAAAACAACGACGAUUCGGGCGGGGGCAGAGGCCGAGGGGGCCGCGGCGGCCGCGGGAGAGGGGGUGGCCGUGGCGGGUUUGACCGUGGAGGCCGCGGCGGAGGUCGAGGGGGCUUCCGCAAUGAUUUCGAAAAUGGGGAUAGGGGCGAACGUGGAGGUCGGGGCGGAGGCCGAGGAGGGGGGCGCGAUGGCGAUCGUGGAGAUGGCGGGGGUGAAGAGAAGAAGAGGGAAUUUUAUAUUCCACCUGAAGUCGAAAAUGUUGAGGACUUGUUUACCAGUGGAAUAACAACAGGAGUCAAUUUUAUGAAGUUGGACGAAAUUGAAGUCAAGGUGACUGGUAAUGAUGCUCCACCACCGAUCACUUCUUUCGAAACUUCGGGUUUAAGACCUCACUUGUUAGAAAAUGUGAAAAAAUCUGGAUAUACGAAGCCAACGGCGAUUCAGAAAUAUGCAAUUCCUGUCAUCUUGAGCGGUCGGGAUCUUAUGAGUUGUGCACAAACUGGAUCUGGGAAAACUGCUGCUUUUAUGUUACCAAUUAUUCAUAAUCUCUUAAGUGAUAAGAAUCCUCCUAACACAGAAAACAAUUGUGCACAGCCUGUAGUUGUGAUAAUGUCGCCUACUAGAGAAUUGGCAAUACAGAUCGCCGACCAAGGCAAAAAAUUCGCUUACAAUUCGACUGUGAAAGUUGCUGUUAUUUAUGGAGGAACUUCGACAAAUCAUCAACGUGGCCGCAUUCUGGGUGGUUGUCACAUUUUGGUUGCGACACCUGGCCGACUUAAGGAUUUUGUAAAUCGUGGAAACGUAUCAUUCAAUUCUCUCAAGUAUUUUGUCCUUGAUGAAGCCGAUCGGAUGUUAGACAUGGGUUUCCUUGGUGAUGUUGAAGAGAUGCUAAGCCAUCAGUCAAUGCCUGCGACUGGCGAACGUCAAACUUUGAUGUUUUCCGCAACAUUUCCCGAAGAAGUUCAACAACUCGCCGGGAAAUUUCUUCUCAACUACAUCUUUAUUGCCGUGGGAAUCGUCGGCAGUGCAUGCACCGAUGUCGAACAGAAAUUCUUCCAAGUCAGUAAAUUCGACAAGAGGUCGAAACUCGUUUCGAUUUUGGAAAAAGCGCCAAACGAACGUACGCUCAUUUUUGUGGAGACGAAGCGAAACGCUGAUUUCUUGGCCACUUUCCUCAGCGAGCAAAAUAUUCAAUCUACUAGCAUUCAUGGCGAUCGAUACCAAAGCGAGAGAGAAAAGGCAUUGCUAGAUUUCAAGACUGGCCAUAGAAAAGUUCUUGUCGCUACUGGAGUUGCGGCUAGAGGUCUCGAUAUCAAAGACGUCCAGCAUGUUAUUAACUACGAUUUGCCUAAAUCCAUUGAUGAAUACGUGCAUAGAAUUGGAAGAACUGGUCGUGUUGGGAAUAAGGGCAAAGCUACGAGCUUUUUUGAUGAAGACCAGGAUCGGAAUCUCGCGUCAGAUCUUGCGAAAAUCCUCUCGCAAGCUAAGCAAGAAAUACCGGAAUGGUUGGGUAGUAAAAGUUACGGCGGUUCUGCCGACCAGUUUGGUGGCAGAGAUAUUCGAGGUGAUGAUUUUGGGCGUGGACAAGAUUUUUCCAAUGCCGCUGUUCAAGAAGAAGAGGUGUGGUAAGGCAUUACACACGUUUUGUCCAGUUUUUCACAUUGCGUGACAUUUAAGUUUUGUUAUGUUCCUAGGUUAGUUUAAAACGUUUAUUGAAGACAAGUUUCUCUAUGAAUUAUAGUAUUUUUGUUUUGUUUUUGAAUGUUCAGUUAAAUUUUUAGUUCUAAGUACGUAUUCAGUUUUAGUAGUAUUUUAAGUUUUGUUAUUCUACCAACGUUAAGCUGUGAUACUUGACUUAUGGGAUUAUUAGUCAUUAGUAUCCUCUUGUUUUGUAGCUUUUAAUAGCAUUCCAAAUUACGUCAAUAAAUAUUUUUUACAAUUA